AUGUCGCCAAGCAGGGCCCUGUGGGCGGCGGCCGCCCUCCUCCUGUGCCUGGCAAUGGCGGACGCCAGUGAGUUCGCCGCAAAGAACGUGGUGACGCUCACGAGCAAGAACUUCAAGGAGGCGACGGCGGACGGGAAGCUGUGGCUUAUCAAGUUCUACGCUCCCUGGUGCGGCCACUGCAAGCGGCUAGCGCCGACGUGGAAGGAGCUGGGCGACGACUAUGAGGGUAGCAAGGAGAUUGCUAUCGCCCACAUCGACUGCACGGUGGAGAAGUCCAUCUGCAGCGAGGCAGAGGUCAAGGGCUACCCAACCCUGAAGCUGUAUUACGAGGGGAAGCUGUACAAGCCAUACAAAGGCGCAAGGGACAAGGAGAGCCUGAAGAAGUUCUUGGACGACGCUGCAGCGGACAUGAUGACAGAAACCGUCUCAUAA